GACGUGUAAUGACGUCAUUAAACAGAAUACCGAAUCCCGUAAUUAGAUUCGAAUCCUUUUGUACACGGAUUCGAAAUUCUGUAAUGUGCAUCCCUACUUGGGGCCGUUGGUUUUCCAUCAUAAAACUACUUCAGUUAGCACCAAAUUCAACAUUGCCGUGUUAGAGUUAUUUGUAAUAGUCUACAUUAUAUAUAUAGGCCUAUUUAUAUAUAAUACUUUCUUCCAUUAAUCAUCUUUGUAUGUUAUUUUUAUUAAGAGAUAGGACCAAACAUCAUGUCUUCCUACACAACUGUAUCUAUAGAUCCAGAAUUUGAUUUUGACUUGUCGGGAAGUGGAUUGUCUCACAAGUCAAGAUUGACUAGUCCCAUUCACCCCUUCAAAAAACGUAGAAGCAGGAUCUAUGGCCAGUUGAAACAUACAGUGCAACCUUUGCUUUCACUUAGAAGUGCUAGAAGAACUUUAGCAUUUAUUAUUUUUAACUUGUUGAUCAUUUUUAUCCUCUUAUCAUGGUGUAAAUCCACCAAUAGUUUAGCAUUACGUUCCUUUGCUUACUUGACAGUGUUUGAUUUUUUCACUUUAAUUACUUGUAUGAUUUCUAUUUGGUCUACUGCCAAUCAAAUAAGCCAAUCAGAGGAAGGAACAAUUGUUUUCAAUUAUGAGCGGAUAGAAGUUGUUUCUGUGUUUUCUUCUGUUGUCCUUGCUAGCUUAGGAUCAAUUUUUAUUUUGAAGGAAUGUAUAAUCAGGAUAAUUGACCAGCCAGAAGUGUCUAUUGGAAGGUUAUUGCCUGGUUUAUUGGUUGGCUUCCUUUUCCAUGUUAUGAUUACUUUGUCUGUUAAUAACAAGCCGCUGCAGUGUAUUACAAAUGCUUCACAAUCUUCAGUGUUACAAGAACACAUGGCAGAUAUGAGCCAAACACUAUGUAGCAUUAUACCAGCUUUAAGCAAGAUAUUGCUACCAAGAAUAAACCCUUUUCUUCUUACUUCGUUUAUUGGGGCUUCGCUGAUUUUUUUGACAAAUCUUCUUAUUCAAAUGAAUUUGUAUUACUUCGCUGAUACAGUCUCAGCGAUUUUAAUAUCAACGUGCACGUUGUGUACUAUGUGGCCUGUUGCCUCGUGCAGUGCACGAGUGUUGCUCAACACAACUCCUCCUUACUUACUGGGGCAGCUGGAUAAACUUUUAAGUGAAGCUCAAACUUUAGAUGGUGUCCUUGAAAUUCGAAACGAAAGAUUUUACACAGUCUCAUUGUCUGUUAAUAAUAAGAAACGAUAUCAUAAUGGGUUAACAAUGGUUGGUAGUAUUAAUGUGCGUGUACGUCGAGAUGCAGAUGAACAGAUGGUGCUGGCACACGUCACACACCGUUUGUCAACUCUUGUUUCUCACCUUACUGUGCAGGUAUCCAAGGAUGAUUGGGGUUCUGUACCUAUGGUUUCCAGUGGGGUAAUUAACAUUCCUCGAGCUGUUAGAAGCACUAGUGGUUCAAAACCAAGUAGUGCUUCAUCAAGUAUAAUAUAUGGCUUCAACAAGCCAGCAGCAGCCGUAGCUCCAAUGCCACAUAAUCCAUCAAAAUACACAACAACUAUAGCCGAGAAAAAAUCAGCAGAUGAUUUCAGCUUUGCUCCUACAAAAAGCAAACCACAAAUAAAAUCAUUAGCUCCCCCAUCCGCCGGUAGUAACAUAGCCCGCAUGUAUAAAGCAGCUGGCUUCAGUACACCCCCACCAUCCAAACCAUCUACCAACAUGCUCAAACAAGUAUCUGGAACCAAACUUGCAACAGGAAUUUUAAGUUCUGCAAAUUUAAAACUAACAAAGUCAUAGGAAAUGAUUGUGCACAUUUUAGGGAUUCUAAAAUGUUCUGUUACUUAAUUUUUAUCUUAAGUUUUUAUUAUAUACCUUCCCUGCAAAGAUAAGUGUAUUGAUGAAAUAAGACAGAUGAUGAUUGUUUCGGUUUAUGUAUGUGUAUGACCCAUUAUUACUUACAACCAUCUUGCCUUGCACAU